UCAAAAAUAAAAUAAAUUUAGAAGAUUAUCCACUAAUUCAUUUCCAUUUAUAUUUUUGAAGUCAACAAUUCCAAAUAAAAGAAAUUUUUGAAAAUAGUUUAGUAUAGUAUUAAAACCACGCGUUUUUAGUCUUACAAAAUAAAACAGAGGGAGUAAUAUACAGAAGAAAGUCGCAGUUAUCAAUUGUAUUGACUUAACCAUUUAGAUACGAAAUUAAUUAAUAUACAUGUUUAAAAAAAUAUAGUCAAUUCAAUCUUAUGCUUUAAUGACUAAGCAAAUUACUCCCCCAUAGUACACAUAUAUAUAUAUGAGAUAUACUCAUGAUUUAUAGAUGAGAAAUAAGAGAAUUUCUUAUCAAACAGAAAAAAAAAAAAAAAAAAACACUAAACUUUUCCCUUAAUUAAGUAUGUUUACUGAAGACCUUUUGGUCGAAAUUCUCUUAAGAUUGCCUGUGAAAACCCUAGCGAUAUGUCUAUGUGUGUCCAAGCUUUUGGCCUCAAUCAUCCGCAGUCGACAUUUCAUCAACUUAUACCAAUCUCGAUCCUCUACUCAUCAGCAACAUGUCAUGUUUGCUUUACGUGAUAUAUUCACGUUUUCUCGUUGGCAUUUCUUCUUAUCAUCCCAACCUUCUUUGGUUACCAAUGCGAUAUGCUGCGUCGAUAAUACUUCUCUCACGCCUGAUUGCGUCAAUGGCUUGAUAUGUCUCGAAGACAUGCAUCGAUUGUGGAUAUACAAUCCUGCCACGAGAAAAGGCGUACUUUUGCCCCAAUCCGCUCCCUAUAAACCGUUUAGGAAAUGGUAUAUGGGAUACGAUCCUAUCAAUUGUCAAUAUAAGGUAUUGUUUUUCUCAAAAGAAAAGUUAGUAUGUCCCUAUAAAGUGGAAGUGUUUACAUUGGGAGGUCAAGGUUCAUGGAAAAUGAUUGAGGUUGAGAAUAAUCAUUCUCCCGCAACCAGAGGAGUAUGCAUCGAUGGGGUUGUGUAUUACGGUUCUCACACGGCGCAUGGACUGAGACUUGAGAGAUUCUAUGUGGCGACGGAAAAGUUUGGUAAUUUCAUUGAAAUACCGGUCGAGGCUAGUAACUUUUAUGGUUUCUUUACCUUUGUGAACUACCAAGGGAAACUAGCUUUACUUGUUACAAAAAAUAUUAACAUGUAUGAUUUAUGGGUUUUGGAAGUUGCCGGGAAACAAGAAUGGUCUAAGGUUUCUAUCGUUUUACCUCGAGAGUUGUUCUCGUAUGAUCUUGUUUGUCUAGAGUUAGUUGGUUUUGUUGCUGGUAGUGGUGAGCUUAUAGUUACAGCUCGUGAUCAAUCUUAUCAUCUUUAUCUUGUCUAUGUUGAUCUCAAGAUGAAACGUUCAAAUACAGUUUGGCUUGGGGGGAUCAGAUGCUCAUAUCGACCAUCUUUAUUAGUGCUUACUUUCACGGAUUACGUUGAAAGUAUUAUGUUUUUGUAAUAAGAAUAAGGAGAGUGAUGUUGACAUUAUA